CCUCCCCUCCCCCGGCCCCGCCCCGGCCCCUCCGCCCGCGCCCGGGCGGCCGCGGAGAUGCGGCGCGGAGCAAGCCCGUGCUCGGCCCCGGCCGCGCUGCCGCUGACACGAGCGAAAGAUGCUGACUGCCAGUAGUGGAACAGCUCCUGUGAGGAACAUCCCCCUGUAAAAUCAUCCCUUAAAAAAAAAAAAAUCACCCGGAGGCAAAUAUUCCGCCUGUGAUGGACCCUUGGAAUACUGCUAUGUUAGGCUUGGCUUCCGAUUCUGAAGGGUUUUCUGGGAAAAGCCCCUCUGUGGCCAACCUUGGCACGCUGGUGGGCAAGGCAGAGGCGGAGGCCGAGGGUUGCAGCAAGGACGAGGAGGACGGCAAGAAGAAGGGCCGGGAGGGGCCCGGCGGCGACGAUGGCAAGGCCGAGGCUCUGAGCGAGGCCCAGCAACAAUUCUCCGUCAAGGAAACCAACUUCUCCGAGGGCAACCUCAAGCUGAAGAUCGGCCUGCAAGCCAAGAGGACCAAAAAGCCUCCCAAGAACCUGGAGAAUUAUGUCUGCAGGCCCGCCAUAAAAACCAGCAUCAAGCAGCCCAGGAGGGCUCCCAAGGGCGGGAAGAUGACGGAUGAGAAGAACGAGCACUGUCCUCUGAAACAAGACCCUUCAAAGUCCUACAAGAAAGCUGGAGAAGUGGCAGCAGUGGAGUUACACGUGGAGGAAGGUGUCCAAGCAGAAACAACCCCUUUGGCCAAGAAAGUCUCCCCGUUGCACUCAGAAAUGACGGAUUACACCAAGCCACCUCCUCCCACCCUUCUCAGCAGCCAUAACUCGGAUUUGAAGGACAGGACGGAGAUGAACGGAGCGACGACCGUCACGGAGAAGCUGGCUCAGCUCAUUGCCACCUGUCCCCCCUCCAAGUCUUCCAAAGCCAAGCAGAAGAAGCCCAGCACCGGCAGCGCCUCUGCUCUGGUGAAAGACUCCGGGAAGAAGCCGCCAGGAGCCGUCAAUCCCAGCGGGACGGCGGGGAAGGAUUUGGGGAAGAAGCUGCCGGGCUCCGGCGUCGCCGUGGGGCUGCUGAACAAGGACUCAGGGAAGAAGCCGCCGGGGAUCGGCAGCGCGGCCGUCCUGGCGAACAAAGACUCCGGCAAGAAGCCCCAAGGGGUCGGCCCCUUGGUGGGGUUGGUGAGCAAGGACCCCGGGAAGAGGCCCCCGGGGAUCAGCGCUCCCGCCGGGAUGGCCCACAAGGACUCUGGGAAGAAGCAGCCGGUGAGCAGCUCUGCGGUCGGGUUGAUCAGCAAGGACGUGGGGAGGAAACUCCCGGGGAUCAGCGCUCCGGCUGCGCUGACCAGCAAGGAGCCUCUCAAGAAGCCGGUCGGGAUUGGCGUUCCAGCGGGGCUGGUUAACAAGGACGCUGCUGGGAAGAAGCUGCUGGGGGUAAACAGUCCUGCGGGUCUGCUGAGCAAGGAUUCCGGGAGGAAGAUGCCGGGGGCCGGGAAUACGACGGUGCUGAGCAACAAAGAGUCUGGAAGGAAGACGCCGGGGAUUGGCAGCCUGGUGGGACCGGUUGGCAAGGACUCUGGGAGGAAGAUGCCAGGAAUUAGCAGUCCGGUGGGAUUGGUUAGCAAGGAGUGUGGGAAGAAGCCGGCAGGGAUCGGCAGCCCGGCUGGUUUGGCCAACAAGGACUCUGGGGCGCUGAAGGCAGAUUCCCUCACACCCACCUCGGAGCCCUUUAAGCUCCCCUGCAAUUCCAGCCUCAGCAGCCUGGAAAGCCACGAGCCUGCAGAUUUACUGAAGGAAAACGCUGCCAGCAAGCCCUUCGAGAAGCACGUUGUGAGGCAGAGCAAGGAGAGCCUCUUGGAGAAGUUUUCCAUUCGGAAGGAGAUCGCCGAGGUGGGCAAGGAGAUGUUCAGCGACGGGAUGUGUGUCCCCCAGGAUUCCUACCCCUCCAGCGAGAAGGGGAUUUACGAAGCGUCCAAGCACGAGAAGCAGCCCCCAGUGUAUUGCACUUCACCAGACUUCAGGACGGGAGGCGCCUCGGAGGUGUCGACGGCGAAGUCCCCGUUCAGCGCGGUGGGAGAGGGGAAUCUCCCCUCCCCUUCCCCCACCGUGUCUGUCCCCACCCUGAGCAGGAGCCUCUCGGCAUCCUCCUCCUCCUCCUCCUCCCAGCUGCCAUCCAACUCCUUGCACUUAAGCUCCACGGCAGAGCUCCUGGAAGGCAUCUCAGAGCCCGUGGGCAAGACUCCCUUUUGCUCUGACAGCAUCCUGGGGCUGAGCAGGACACUGAACCACCCCCUCGGCACCGAUUUUAAAGGUGCCGAUAAAGACCUGAGCGAUUCGAAGGCUUCCUACGUGGAGACUUCCCGAACUAGCCCUUCCACGGGGAAAAAGCCCCUUUUGGCAGCCGAGACGAGCAUCCACGCCACUGUCACCCCCUCCGUGGUCAGUUUUACCAGCCUGUUCAGCAGCAAGCAGUUCCUGAAGAUCGGUGCCAUCGCUGCGGCCGACAAAUCCUGCCAAGGAGCCAAGAACCUGAGCAGCACCCAGCAGUCAAAGCCCCUGAAGAAGAGAAAAGGCAGGAAGCCCCGGUGGACUAAAGUGGUGUCGAGGAGCACGUGCCGACCUCCGAAGGGCCUGGAGCUGGAGAGGUCAGAGCUUUUUAAAAACAUUUCCUACGGUGCUCUGUCGAGCAGCAACCUGGAGCAGGCCAAGUUCCUGAAAAACAUCGGCUCGUCCCCGUUCGUGGAGCACGAGUUCGUCAAGCACCAGCUGCCCAAGCUGAACGAGGCCGGUGGGCAGUCCCUGGCGCUGCUGGCCGAGGCUGACAAACCAGCCCAGAAGUUCUACGGCGCUCACAAACAGCCCUCGAGCCUCUGUAUGUCGGAGGACUUCUUGCCUGACAUGUACAAGCCCAAAAGAGGAAGGUCUAAACCCAAGGAGAUGCCGGAGCUCGAGGGUCCCCCAAAAAGGACUCUGAAGAUUCCGGCCUCGAAAGUGUUCUCGGUGCAGUCGAAAGAAGAGCAAGAGCCUCCCAUUUUGCAGCCUGAGGUGGAAAUUCCCUCCCUGAAGCAGAGCUUAUCAGGACAGCCUUUCCCUAAAAAGAGAGGGAGACCUAAAAGACAGAUCAGGUCAUCAAUUAAAACAAAACCGCCUAUCCUGUCCGUGGCGCCUUUUGUUGGAACGGAGAACUCGAGCAAGAUGGGGCCCGAAAAUGAGCAGCAUCGACCUGGGGAGUUCUUUGAGAGAAAGGAGCAGCUCCGAGGGCCUGAGGAGGUCCAAAGCCCCAGCAUUUGCAGCAUGAGCGAUUUGGAAGUCGACUCAGACAGAAAAGUCGCCAAGAGAAAUAACGGACAGUUAAUGAAAACGAUUAUUCGAAAAAUAAAUAAAAUGAAAACUCUGAAGCGAAAGAAACUCCUGAAUCAGAUUCUGUCCAGUACAGUGGAACCAAAUACCAAAGGGAAGAUGCAAUCCAAGCUCCACAACACGGUGUCCACUCUUGCUGCCACGUUCGGCUCGAAGCUGGGCCAGCAAAUCAAUGUCAGCAAGAAAGGAACGAUCUACAUAGGAAAGAGGAGGGGGAGGAAACCCAAAGCCGUCCUGAACGGCCUCUUGGCCAGCAGCGCCGCCGGCCUGACGGUGCUGGAGAAGUCUGCCCAGCAAGCUCCCGGCGCCUCCCUGGGCCAGGUCCUGCCCCACCUGCUGCCUCCCGCGGGGAACCCCUCGGAGGUGCUGCCGUCUCCGGUUUGCUCCCAGUCGUCGGCGGUGAGCGGCGGGCAGAGCCCGGUGAGCAGCGACGCGGGGUUCAUCGAGCCCAGCCCCGUGCCCUACCUGCACCUGCACCCGCGCCAGGGCAGCGUGGUGCAGACCCUGGCCAUGAAGAAAGCGGCCAAGGGCAGGAGGAGGCUGUCCCCGCCCACGCUGCUGCCCAACUCGCCCUCCCACCUGAGCGAGCUGACCUCGCUCAAGGAGGCCACGCCGUCGCCCGUGAGCGAGUCCCACAGCGACGAGACCAUCCCCAGCGACAGCGGCAUCGGCACCGACAACAACAGCACCUCGGACCGGGCGGAGAAGUUCUGCGGGCAGAAGAAGAAGAGGCACUCGUUCGACCACGUGUCCCUCCUGCCGCCCGAGACCUCCACCGUGCUGAGCAACCUGAAGGAGAAGCACAAGCACAAGUGCAAGCGCCGCAGCCACGAUUACCUCAGCUACGACAAGAUGAAGAGGCAGAAGAGGAAAAGGAAAAAGAAGUACCCUCAGCUGCGGGGCCGGCAGGACCCCGAUUUCCUCGCCGAGCUGGAGGAGUUAAUAAGCCGGUUGAGUGAAAUCCGAAUAACCCACCGGAGUCACCAUUUUAUACCCCGGGAUUUGCUGCCCACCAUUUUUAGGAUAAACUUCAACAGUUUCUACACCCACCCGACUUUCCCCUUAGACCCUUUGCACUACAUUAGGAAACCCGAUUUAAAGAAAAAGAGAGGCAGGCCUCCCAAAAUGCGGGAAGCUAUGGCGGAAAUGCCCUUCAUGCACAGCCUCAGCUUCCCCCUCUCCAGCACCGGGUUCUACCCCUCCUAUGGCAUGCCUUACUCCCCGUCCCCCCUGGCAGCUGCUCCCAUAGGAUUAGGGUAUUAUGGAAGGUACCCCCCGACUCUUUACCCUCCUCCGCCCUCCCCUUCUUUCACGACCCCCCUGCCUCCGCCUUCCUACAUGCAUACGGGCCACUUGCUCCUCAACCCCACCAAAUACCACAAGAAGAAGCAUAAACUCUUACGCCAGGAAGCUUUCCUCACCACGAGCAGGACCCCCCUGCUGUCCAUGAGCACCUACCCCAGCGUUCCGCCCGAGAUGGCCUACGGCUGGAUGCUGGAGCACAAGCACAGGCACCGCCACAAGCACCGGGAGCACCGCUCCUCCUCGGAGCAGCCGCAGGUUGCCAUGGACACUAUCGCGGCCAACAGCUCCUCCAGAACGGUGCUGGAGUCCCUGAAGCGCUACAGGUUCGGGAAGGAGGCCGUGGGGGAGAGGUACAAACACAAGGAGAAGCACAGGUGCCACAUGGCGUGCCCGCACCUGUCGCCUUCGAAGGGUUUGCUGAGCAGAGACGAGCAGUGGGUCAGGAGGGAGCCCUCCGAGUCCAAUUCCCUGGCGCUGGGCUUGCAGACCCCGCUGCAGAUCGACUGCUCCGACAGCUCCCCGGCCCUGUCCCUGGGGGGGUUCACCCCCGGCUCGGAGCCCCCCGGCACCGAGGAGCACACCAACCUUUUCACAAGUGCAAUAGGCAGCUGCCGAGCGCCCGGCCCCGCCGGCGCCGCCGCCGCGCGCAAGAAGCUGCCCGAGAGCCCCGCGCUGUUCGGCGGCCAGGACGCGCCGCUCGGCCGGCCCCUCCGCAAGGAGCCCUCCCUGGAGAAGGCCCUGCAGCCCCUCUCAGGCACUUUGCCAGCCCAGGACAAACCCUCACAGAGGCAGUCGGAGAGCACAAACUGCAGCCCUUCCAGGAAGAGAUCCACGUCGGAGAGCACGGCUUCCCCAGGGGUGUCGGUGCCCGCCCGGAGCAGCCGCCUGGCCCCGGCCGAGGACUCGGUGGACACUCUGCUGCAGCGCAUGGCCCAGCAGGAGGGCCCUCCCGCCCUGGACAAGAGCCUGGAAGCCGUGAUGGCCAACGUGUCCGUGCCCCCCUCGGCCAGUCCUGCGAGGAACCACUCCAGGGAGAGAGCUCUGGGCAAGCAGGACAGCCUGGUGGCUCCGGCCGUUCCCAGCAGCUCCUGCAGCGACAGCAUCUCCCUCCUGUCGGAGCGGCUGCCUGGCAGCUACUCCCCCAGGCACCUCAAGAGGAGCGUGGUGGAGGCCAUGCAGCGCCAAGCGAGGAAAAUGUGCAAUUACAACAAGAUCCUGGCCACAAAAAAAAAUCUGGACCACGUCAAUAAGAUCCUGAAGGCCAAGAAGCUGCAGAGGCAGUCGCGGACCGGCAACAACUUCGUGAAGCGGCGGCCGGGGCGGCCGAGGAAGUACCCGCUGCAGGCCGUGGUGUCCAUGCAGGCGUUCCAGGCCCACAGGCUGGUGAGCCAGGAGCUGGAGAACAGGGAGCCCAGCAGCAGCAGCAGCCCCCUGCACCUGGGCCCUGACACCAUCACGGACGUCAUCGAGGCCGUGGUGCAGAGCGUCAACCUGAACCCCGAGCACCGCAAGGGCUGGAAGAGGAAGAGGUGGCUGCCGGAGGAGCAGGCCAGGAAGAGGCACAAGUCUUUGCCUGAGGAUGAACAGGAGAGCAAUAAGAGUUUCUCUGAGACAGUGGCUGACCCUCCCAGCCCACAGGACGCCCUUGGGAAAGCACCUGAGUCUGAGAACCCUGAGCAGCCUCUGCCUGCUCUGCCCCAGCGUGAGAAGAAAGCCCCUCGACCCCCCAAGAAGAAGUACCAGAAGGCAGGGCUCUACUCUGAUGUGUACAAAACAACAGACCCCAAGAGCCGCCUGAUCCAGCUGAAGAAGGAGAAGCUGGAAUACACCCCUGGGGAGCACGAGCACGGGCUCUUCCCUGCCCCCAUCCACGUCGGGAAGUACCUCAGACAAAAGAGAAUCGACUUCCAGCUGCCUUACGACAUCCUCUGGCAGUGGAAACACAACCAGUUGUAUAAAAAGCCAGAUGUCCCACUUUACAAAAAAAUCCGUUCUAAUGUCUACGUGGAUGUCAAACCUCUCUCUGGCUACGAGGCCACCACCUGCAACUGUAAGAAACCAGAGGAUGACAGUGGCAAGGGCUGCGUGGAGGAUUGUCUGAACAGGAUGAUCUUUGCAGAGUGCUCCCCCAACACCUGCCCCUGUGGGGAGCAGUGCUGCAACCAGCGGAUCCAGAGGCACGAGUGGGUGCAGUGCCUGGAGAGGUUCCGGGCCGAGGAGAAAGGAUGGGGUAUCCGUACCAAAGAGCCCCUGAAAGCAGGACAGUUUAUCAUUGAAUAUCUGGGAGAAGUUGUUAGUGAGCAGGAAUUCAGGAACCGGAUGAUCGAGCAGUACCACAACCACAGCGACCACUACUGCCUGAACCUGGACAGCGGGAUGGUCAUCGACAGCUACCGCAUGGGCAACGAGGCGCGCUUCAUCAACCACAGCUGCAACCCCAACUGCGAGAUGCAGAAGUGGUCCGUGAAUGGGGUUUAUCGGAUCGGGCUCUAUGCACUCAAGGACAUGCCUGCUGGGACUGAGCUGACCUAUGACUACAACUUCCACUCCUUUAACGUUGAAAAGCAGCAACUGUGCAAAUGUGGCUUUGACAAAUGCAGAGGGAUAAUUGGGGGGAAAAGCCAACGCAUGAAUGGACUUUCAAGCAAAAGCAACCAGUCUGUGAGCACCCACAGGAGGCCUGGACGGUCAAAAGAGAAGAGGAAGUCAAAGCACAAAUUAAAGAAGAGGAGGGGCCACAUCCCUGAGGAACCCAGUGAAAGUGUGAACGCCCCGACCAGGCUGACCCCUCAGCUGCAGAUGAAGCCCAUGUCCAACAGGGAGAGGAACUUCGUGCUGAAGCACCACGUGUUUCUGGUACGGAACUGGGAGAAGAUCCGGCAGAAGCAGGAGGAGGUGAAGCACGUCAGCGACAACAUGCACAGCCCCUCCCUGUACACCCGCUGGAACGGGAUCUGCCGCGACGACGGCAACAUCAAAUCCGACGUGUUCAUGACCCAGUUCUCAGCCCUGCAGACGUCCCGCUCGGUGCGGACGCGGCGCUUGGCGGCGGCCGAGGAGAACAUCGAGGUGGCUCGUGCUGCCCGCCUGGCACAGAUCUUCAAGGAAAUAUGUGACAGCAUCAUAUCCUACAAAGAUUCCUCCAGGCAGGCGCUCGCAGCUCCUCUCCUGAACCUGCCCCCGAAGAAAAAAAACGCAGACUAUUACGAGAAGAUCUCUGACCCCUUGGACCUCGCCACCAUUGAGAAGCAGAUCCUGACUGGCUACUACAAAACUGUGGAAGCUUUUGAUGGGGACAUGCUGAAGGUGUUCAGGAAUGCAGAGAAAUACUACGGCAGGAAAUCGCCCACGGGCCGCGACGUGUGCCGGCUGCGCAAGGCCUACUACAGCGCCCGGCACGAGGCGGCCGCGCAGAUCGACGAGAUCGUGGGCGAGACGGCCAGCGAGGCCGACAGCAGCGAGACCUCGGUGUGCGACAAGGACAACGGGCACGAGAAGGACGAGGACGUCAUCCGCUGCAUCUGCGGCCUCUACAAGGACGAGGGGCUCAUGAUCCAGUGCGAGAAGUGCAUGGUCUGGCAGCACUGUGACUGCAUGGGUGUGAACUCCGACGUUGAACACUACCUGUGUGAGCAGUGUGAGCCCCGGGCUGUGAACAGGGAGGUGCCCAUGAUCCCUCGCCCCCACUAUGCCCAGCCUGGCUGUGUUUAUUACAUCUGCCUGCUGAGGGACGACCUGCUGCUCCGCCAAGGUGACUGCGUGUACCUGAUGAGAGACAGCCGCAGGACCCCCGACGGGCACCCCGUGCGCCAGUCGUACCGGCUGCUGUCCCACAUCAACAGGGACAAGCUCGACAUCUUCCGCAUCGAGAAGCUCUGGAAGAACGAGAAGGAGGAGCGUUUUGCCUUUGGCCACCACUAUUUCCGUCCGCACGAAACCCACCACUCCCCGUCCCGCAAGUUCUACCACAACGAGCUGUUCCGGGUCCCCCUCUACGAAAUCAUCCCCUUGGAGGCUGUGGUGGGCACGUGCUGUGUGCUGGACCUCUACACCUACUGCAAAGGGAGGCCCAAGGGGGUGAAGGAGCAGGAUGUGUACAUCUGUGACUACCGCCUGGAUAAGUCAGCUCACCUCUUCUACAAGAUCCACCGCAACCGCUACCCCGUGUGCACCAAGCCCUACGCCUUCGACCACUUCCCCAAGAAACUCACUCCCAAGAGAGACUUCUCACCUCAUUACGUGCCAGACAACUACAAGAGAAACGGAGGCAGGUCAUCCUGGAAAUCAGAUCGCUCAAAACCACAGAUCAAGGACUUAAACCAAGAGGAGGAUGCUCUGCCCCUGAUGGAGGAGGUGUUGGCAGCCCCAGAGCAGGUGCCAGGGGAGCUGCCCGGCCCCGAGGAGCCCGACAAGGAGCCGCUGCCCAGCGAGGGCUGCGAGGCAGAGAAGAAGGGGGAGGAGGCUCCCUCGGACACGAGGCAGCUCUGCAGCCCCGAGGAGAGGAGGCACCUCCAGAGGGAGAGGCUGAACCAGAUCCUGCUCAACCUCCUAGAGAAAAUCCCAGGGAAAAACGCCAUCGACGUCACCUACCUGCUGGAGGAGGGGUCGGGCAGGAAACUCCGGCGCCGCACCCUGAGCAUCCCCGAGAGCAGCUUCAGGAAGUGACACCCGAGGUCUGGGGGGCUGUGACUUGGGGGGGCUGCCGAGCCCCGAGGGCCGGGGCCCGACCUCCCUCCGCGCCGGCCCAGGGGGAGGAGGAGGAGGAGGAGGAGGCGGCAAACACAAAAAAACUACAAACAGCAGCACUUAAAAGGGCCGGGGCGCCGCCCUGCCCUGCUCUGCAGUGCUCUUGGUGUGUGUGUGUUGGUGGGCGUGCCUUGUAUUGAUGUUUAGGUACUGAGGAAAAAACCUCGUGGUUAAUAUUGUCCGGGAUGGUCAAAUUUUUAAUUUAUUUUUUUGCUCGAUAUUUCCCCCCCACUCAAGAGGAGGAAAAAAAAAAUAUUAAAAAAAUUCAAAAAAAAAAAAGAAAAAAGAAAUUUAAAAAAAAAAAAAAAGAAAAGAGGAAAAAAAAUGGGGAGGUGAGAGGAAAAGGACUGAGUUUACUCUGAGGAGAGUGUUCCCCAUGGUCACUGAUAACCUGUGAUGGUACCAGCACCGCCAGGAAAGGGAAUCCAGAGGAGAGGGGGGAAAAAAAAGACCCAGUGGCUUGAAAUGAAAGGCUGCCCUAAAAAAAAUGCCUCUGAUUUGCACAAGUUCCAAGAAGAGAGAAAAAAAAGGUGCCCAGCCAAGCACGGGGGGGUCACCGUGGGACGACCCUGUGGCCUGUGCCAAGGAGAAGCUUCCAGAGGCCCUCGGAGAGCGGGGCAGGAGCGCUGGGAUGAGGCACCGGCCGUGCAGGGGUCGUGGUGGGGGGAAGGAGGGUGGGUGGGGUGUGAAGUUUUUGGUUUUGUUGGUGGUUUUUUUUGGGGGGGGGAGGGGAAGGGGUUUUGUGUUUUGGGUUGUUUUUUUUUUCCCCCCCCUCCACUUUUUUUCUUGCAGAGGAAUUUUGUAAGAAGCGAGUCGGGAUCCUGACGCCACCAUCGCUGUUGGUUCUUUUUUGAUAAGCUGUGGUUUCUCGUGCGUCCCGUUGUGUUGUGCAAAUUAAAAAGCUGUUCAGAAGGAAAAAAAGAAACAAAACAAAAGAAAAAAACAAAACACAAAGAAAAAAAAGAAAAAAAAAGGAAAAAAAAAAAGGACUUUAAAAAAAAAAAAAAAAGAGCAAAUACAAAACCAAGGAACCCUUCACUCCGUGCCCCUCAGGCAGUAUCCGAGCGAGUGUUUGUCGUGAGCUGUAGAAUAUAUCGAUGCUAACACUACCCUCGUGUGCUGGUGGACAGCUGGACGUCCUGGCCAGGGGUCCCACCCCGCUCCCACCCCCGUUACCCCCACAUCCCAAAGGGGGUGGGAGGCACCCGCUGGCCCCCCCGGGCGUGGCUUUGCUUUCCUGUCUCAGACGUACACAAUGCAUUUACAGUCCUGUUUUAGGUGUUCUUAUAAGAGAUCCAGUUUUUAAUGUGCCAAGUUGUAUAUAUCUGCUGCGUGGAUGUAAAGCAAUACCGUAGUUACAUGUUCCUUUUUAUGGACCAAGCUCGUCCUACUGUACAUUCUUGUUAUUAUUAUUAUAAUUAUUUUACUCUUAGUGGAACAUGACUCAUUCCAUUAACUUUUAUGUGUUGAUUUCAAAAAAAAAAAGAGGAACAACAACAACAACAGCAACAAAAAAAAAGCAAAAAAAUAGCAAAAAAAAAAAAGGGUAAAAAAAAAAAAAGAAAGGAAAAAAAACCCUUUGAGAAAAAAAAAUAUUUUAUUAAAAAAAAAAGAAAUAAGAAAAUAGUUUGGAAUAUUUUCUUACUGUAGAGAAGCACUGUACAGUACCAGGAACCCUGAGUAUAAAAUACUCGUGCGUGUAGUAGGAAUAUCGCAUGUCCAAACCCCUCGAGUUGUCUCAUUUAGUUUCAAACAGGAAAAAAAAAAAAAAAAAAAAAAAAAAAAAAAAUCAUUGUCUCCAAUGGUGUUAAACACUAAAAAAAAAAAAAGUUUUUAAAAAAAAAAACGGGGAAAAAAAAUAAUAAAAGUGCGUACAGAAGCGAGACACUAGCUCUGUCAUUUUAUCUUUCUUUUGUUGAAAGACUAAACGAAAAAUGUUUUUUAGACAAUCAAAUGUUCUAGGUAAGUGCAAAGACUUGUUUUUUCUUACUGGUGUAGAAAUUAAUGACUUUUUUUAUUUUUUUCCGGUUAUUUUAUAAUACUGAGCAGACCCGUUGUGUCCCCAGGAUCGCCGCCGGAGCCAGGAAGCACUACGUUACUGCAAAUAGAGCUGAACCUUAGUCUGCAUGGGUGUAGGCUGUGUGAUUGCUGAAAAUAAAUGCUGCUAAUAUAUUUCCUUUUUACAAAGCAUAUCUAAAUAGAUCAUUGUUUUGAUGUUAAUCUUUGUAAAUUAUGUAUUACCAAUUUUAACAUUGGAUGUAAUUGCAUAAAAAGCCUGCAUCUCAAUCCUGAGAGUCUAGUAUUAAAUGGAAAAAAAAAAAAGUCUUUUUUCCUA